AUGGUCUCAUUAGAAACUCAUAACACAAAGCCUUGUAUGAAUGUAUUAAAAGACAAAAAUAUAAAUACUCGUCCCAAAAACAGACAUAGCAAUCUUGUUUUGCAUUCCAGAUUAUCCAAAUACGAUAAUGGGUUCAUCUAUAUCUAUACCUACAGGCAACUAUAUGAUUAUUUAUUUUUAGUGAAAAACAAUUGUGACAAUAAAAGUACCAAGAUUACUACAACUAUCAAAAAUAAAAGACACUUUCCUUAUCAAAUUAAUCUCGGUAAAUUAUGGAAAUAUAAAGACUACAAAAAUACUAGUGUUAAUUACGGUUCUAUUGGAAGUAAAAAUACAGAUUUGAGGGGAAAUACUUUUGCAAAAAAUAACAAUUGCGUCACACCUGAUGGAUUGAGUUGGUUGCAUGUUGGGCUUGGAACACAAAACCCUGAAGGUUAUGAUGUAAAACCAAAAAGUAUACCUUUCCUCCCACAUACAAAUAAUAAAUGGAACACUGAUAAAAUAUUAAUUAAGAUUGGAAUUACUAGGCAAUUAACUGUCGAAAAAAGAAUAAAUCAGUGGAGAGAUUCUUGUAAACAUGAUUUAAUAAACUUAACCCCCAAUAAUAUCAUGGGUUUAGUUAGUAGCGAAUCUUCUGACGCCUAUCACUGUCAGCUUACAAGUAGAUUUAAUAAUUUGUCCAUUGGCAACAAUAAUGGUGAAAGUCAAAGACUAACGUUAUCUAAUUAUAAAAUCACAAGCAACGGAUUUAUAGUACACCAAUCUUUGGUUCCACUAGAAGUGCUAGAAAGCAAAAUUCAUAAUAUUUUAUGGGAUAAGUAUGGUAAAGGUGUUAUUUAUUGUUAUGGAUGUAAUGAUGAAAGGACACACCGGGAAUGGUUUCUGUUACCUAUCACUGAAUUGAUUAACACCUUUAAGUUAAUUGACAAUGUUAUUGAAAAUAAAAAUUAA